GUGCGAGUCGACCUGGGUGUACAUUCUAAAUGUGAAAACCUUAUAUUUGCGUUAGCAGUGACAGCGGGAGUCACAUCGUGAGUUGUGCGAGUGGAUUGGAAAAAUCCCUAAACGAAAUUCGUAUACAGAAAUUAGUAAAAAAACAUUUGUCAAACGAUCCACCGUGCAAUCGAUGAUCAAAAAGUAUAAAAACACAAAGUGUAUUGGAAACAAAAUGUAUUGGGUCGUAAACGAAAACGACCGCCGCAGUCGAUCGUAUAAUUCAACGUAAAUUAAAAGUGGAUCGUCGAAAACCGGCAUUGUCAGUGAAAUAGAACUUGAACAAGAAUUAGGCGUGGUAAUUCAUAGAGAUACGGUUCGUAAUUGUGCAAAUGAAAUUAGUUUUUACGGCCGUACAGCGCGCAAAAAACCUUAUGUAAAUAGGGGUAGUCGUUUUAAACGUAUAAAAUAUGCAAGGCCUAUGUUAAAACAGCCGUUUGGUUACUGUAAUAAUGUCUUGUGGUCGGACGAGUCACAAUUUAAUUUGUUUGAUUCGGACGGGAAAGUUAUGGUUUGGAGAACGCCGAAGAAAGAAUUUAAUCUCAAAUGCACGGUAGCAGCAGUCAAAUAUGGUGGCGGUAAUUUGAAAGUGAUUGAAACAUUGGAAUGGGUUCCGUAUUCACCAGAUCUUAAUCCAAUGGAACAUAUGCGGGAUGAAUUGGAACGGCGAAUGAAAAAACACGAGCCAAAGAACAAAGACGAACUAAGAAAGGCUCUUUUGCAAGAGUGGAAUGGAAUUGGUACUGAUAUCACGGAAAAACUUGUUGAUACAGUACCUAAUCGUUUAUAUGAAUGUAUAACAAUGAAAGGCUUCUCAACCAGAUAUUAA